AGGGCAAGAAAAGCAACAUGUGAUGAGGAAAAGCCUUUUUGCGGUCGAUGCACGAGGAUCAAGGCCCGAUGUGGAGGUUACCCUAAGCCACGAUUAGCGACUCCUCAUCGGCGACCGCUCUUACCGAAAUCCUCAGAGGGGGGAGUAGUCCUCUGGUGUCCAAUCGCUGCACGGCUCUUCGAAUCAGCGCAAGACUUCCGCUGCUGCCGGAUCUUUUCGAGGAAACUGCGGGUCAGAUUUCUGAACCAUUUGUGA